AUGACGUUCGAUCUUCCCAGCACAACGCGCCAGGACAGCUACCUGCCGCUGCCCGCCGAGUACGCCAAAGCGCUCGAGAACGCCAAAGCGCAACUGGCUGAGCAAAACGACCCCGCCAAGGCUUCCGAGUGGGAAGACGCUGGCGAGCGUGAAGAAGUCAAACUGUACAAGAAGAACAACCCUGAAAAUGCUUACGAUGUGCCCAUCGUCAAAGGUGUCACUGUCGUCGAGAACGCCACGCCCGCUCAAGUGCUCGCUGUGAUUCAGCAACCCGGAAUCCGCAAGAAGUGGGACCCGCGCUUCGACAACGCCACGCAGCUCGAGCGCUACGGCUCGAACCAGUACGCCUUCUACACCUGGAUGAAGUCGCCGUCAUACUUUGUGUGGGCACGCGACAUCGUCGGUGUGCAGGAGAACGUCUUUAGCGACAACGGCAACAAGAUCCAGGUGAUCCAGACGUCGGUCGAGGCAGACCAGUAUGUCGACGAGGACGGGUCGUACUCCAAGUCGCGCACGCGCGCUACGCUCGAGGUCUCUGCAUGGGAUCUCACCAAGCAGGGCAACGACACCAAGCUCGAAUACAUUGUCAAGAUCCACCUCAACGGCUCGCUGCCCACCUCGGUCGUCUCAAUGGUCGCCACCGAGACACCCAUGUGUGUGGGCCGCGUGCGGGACGUCUACUACUCGGUCGGCCACCUGCCGUACGACGCUGCUUGGGAGCAAGGCGGCAAGUCGGCAGGCAAGAGCAUCCUCGUCUACUCGGAGUACGAAGACGGCGACGGCACAGAGGCUACCUCUGGCGCGAGGAAGUGGACCAUCUGGUACCAUGCCGAAGGCGAGGACGAGAUCAAGUUGAAGUUUGACAACGAGAAGCUCUACCCCAACCUCAAGGUCGCUGUCGAGGGGGAUGCCGCUGCUGACGUCAAGGCUGAUAUCGACCAGGCUGCUGGUCUCGUUACCGUCAAGGUGGCCGAGGGUGCAAAGGGUAAGGGCUUCUCGCUGGUCUUUACUCCUUGA